GCGCUUCCUGCGAACGGUCACACUAAAUAAAUAAAUGACAAUUUCAAGCGUAAAAUAAACCCUAAAAAGUCGAUGAAACGCUCGAUUUGUAAAUUGUGCGUCCACCAGUGAGUGGGCAAAGUGCGGCAGCCGACGCAACCGCCCCCAGGAGCCCCAGAUUCCGCCCAGAAGUGGUCCGCGGGCCGCCAGACGAGCCGAGGGAAUACAGCAACAAUUGUUAUUUUUCGCCCUCCGAUUUUGCAGUGGGAGGGGGCUACGGACAUCAGCCCCUUCGGUUUCUAAUUGAAUUAAAAUCGAAAAGAAAGGGGCAGAGGCAAUAGCACCCCGCUCCAUUCCAAACAGUGCAAUACAAGGCAGCGGAGCAAUGGUCUUCAUCCGGGAUCCGUGUGGUGUUGCCUGCCUGGUGGUCACCUACGGAGCAGUUCUGUACGCGGACUAUGUGGUCAUCCGCUGGAUUAUACUGACCACGAUGCCGGGCAGCCUCUGGAUGUCCUUCCACGUGGUGCUCUUCAACACCGUCGUCUUCCUGCUGGGCAUGUCCCAUUCGAAGGCCGUGUUCUCCGAUCCGGGCACCGUGCCCCUGCCCGUCAACCGCCUGGAUUUCUCUGACCUGCACACCACCAGCAAGAACAAUCCGCCGCCCGGAAAUGGCCACAGCAGCGAGUGGACCGUGUGCACCCGCUGCGAAACGUACAGGCCGCCGCGGGCCCAUCACUGUCGCAUCUGCAAGCGGUGCAUCCGUCGCAUGGACCACCACUGUCCCUGGAUCAACAACUGUGUGGGCGAGCGCAACCAGAAGUACUUCCUGCAGUUCCUCAUCUACGUGGCCCUGCUCUCGCUCUACUCCAUCGCCCUCAUUGUCGGCUCGUGGGUGUGGCCCUGCGAGGAGUGCAACCAGAACGUGAUCGAAACCCAGUUGCGAAUGAUUCACUCGGUUAUCCUGUUGCUGGUGUCGGCGCUGUUCGGCCUGUUUGUGACGGCCAUCAUGGUGGACCAGCUGCAUGCGAUUCUGUACGACGAGACGGCCGUGGAGGCGAUACAGCAGAAGGGCACCUACCGGCCCAAUCGGCGCAAGUACCAGCUCCUGGCGGACGUCUUCGGACGCGGACAUCCGGGGCUCUGGCUGCUGCCCUGCACCAGUCUGAACCACUCGUCGCGCUACCACGAUACGCCUCUGCUGAGCCACGAGGUCUAGGACCCGGACAUAUUCUUUAUAUUUUGCCCUUGUGUUUAUUGUGCGGCCAAGGCGGCCCGAGAGUGUUUUUAGUUUUUAAUUAUUGUGUGAUUUGUUUUAAUCCGCCUUUAGUCCACCCCCAGCCCCACCCACAGGCAGUAGUCACAUUGAUUCGUAUUUCGUAUUGUGUAUUAUAUGCAGAUUCCAACUUAAUUUAUACUUUAGUUUAUAAUCGUUUGAAAUUAUAAAUAUAAAGGAAGCGGAGGAGCGUACUCAAAUGAAGCAGGAUAUUUUAUAAGGAACUUUAGAAAUGCAUGCUUAGAUCAUUUGUACACCGAUAUAUGAAUGAACACCAAUGAAAUCUUCGGCCAUCCGGGAUAUUUUUUACCAGUAUCCAAUUAAGCAGCACAUUCUGAUUUGAGACGCGAACAAAUCUCAAUUGUAUACAAUACUAAAUAGCUAUGUACCGAGCUAGGGUAUAAGUCCUUAUAAAAGCAUUUACGCGAUAUUUACCCCAAGAUAGACGCAUAUACCAAAAAAUAAGAGAAAAAACCCACACAACACAUAAAAUACUGUGCAGCAAAAGUAUUCGUAUUAAUUUUAAUCACCUUUUAGUUGUAGUUUAUUGUUCUUUUGACAUUUACGACCAUCGACCAGCACUAACAAGCACUUUGAAUGUAACACCAUCAUCCGCAGUUCGUGUUCCCAAUAAAGCUAUCCGAUAUGCAUAAGUAA